UAGUUUAUAUAUGGAGCAUAAAAGUGCGUCAAUGGCGGGCGUGAGUAGGAAGGUCAGCGUUUGAUGGCGGAGAUUCUCUUCCAAAAAUGUCAAUAGCUACACAUUUACAAAGCGUCGCUAAUAGGCUCUCUUCUUCAUUCACCUCUCUCAAGCCCCCUUGCUUCUCACUGCUCUCUCACUCUGGAAACCCUCUCACCCUCAGAGGCACUGGAAGCCGGAGCUUCUGGCCCCUCUCUUCCCACGUGUCGCCCUCUCGUCAGUUCGUCACCGCCGCCGCCACCACCACCACCACCACCUCCAUGGGUGACGCCGCUACUGAUGCCGGCAUGGAUGCUGUCCAGAGGCGUCUCAUGUUCGAAGACGAAUGUAUUUUGGUAGAUGAGAACGAUCAUGUUGUUGGUCAUGAUACCAAAUACAAUUGCCACUUGAUGGAAAAAAUUGAAUCGGAAAAUUUGCUACACAGAGCUUUCAGUGUAUUUUUGUUCAACUCAAAAUAUGAGCUACUCCUUCAGCAAAGAUCUGCAACAAAGGUCACAUUCCCUCUGGUGUGGACAAACACCUGCUGCAGCCACCCAUUAUAUAGAGAAUCUGAGCUUAUUGAUGAAAAUGCCCUUGGGGCGAGGAAUGCUGCACAAAGGAAACUUUUGGAUGAACUGGGUAUUCCUGCUGAAGAUGUGCCAGUUGAUCAGUUCAUCCCGCUGGGGCGAAUGCUGUACAAGGCUCCAUCUGAUGGGAAAUGGGGAGAGCAUGAACUGGAUUACCUUCUCUUCAUAAUCCGAGACGUCAAUAUGCAUCCAAAUCCUGAUGAAGUUGCUGAUGUUAAAUACGUGAACCGAGAUCAGUUGAAAGAGCUGUUGAGAAAAGCCGAUGCUGGUGAGGGAGGUCUGAAAUUGUCCCCUUGGUUUAGGCUAGUUGUCGACAAUUUCUUGUUCAAGUGGUGGGACCAUGUCGAGAAAGGGACUCUCCAGGAAGCUGCUGAUAUGAAAACCAUUCACAAACUGACUUAAAACGUCACUCUACUUGAGAAGUGUUACCAGGCCAUCCAAUAAAACUGUGGGAGUUCUGCUUUGCAGGUGUGUUUGCAUUUUCUUGUUCUUACCAAAAUUGUCUAUUCACACCUAAAUAAUUUUGCGUUCUCUGUUAAAAUGCGGUAUAUUUUUUAUUUUGUGAUUUGGGAGAAUCCAAUAAAAACCAUUUUGGGACUUAUAGUUUA